CCGAGCUUCUGCCUCCAGUUCAGGACAAUGUACAGUUGUUCCGCUAUGGUGCAUCUCAAAGUCACACCAGAGUCUGCCUUGGCAGAUGAACCAGUGAAGAUCAAAGCUUGGGGCCUUCCUUCCCGGCAAAUUGUUACCAUUAGAGCAUGGCUGAAAGACGACAGAGGAGAGAUGUUUUACUCCAGAGCUUUCUACGAAAGUAACGAUGAAGGAGAGGUGGAUCUUCAGCAAUCCCCAGCCACUGGUGGAGACUUUCAUGGGGUUCAUCCAAUGGGACUCUUCUGGGCUCUAAAGCCGGUGACUCCACACUUCAGGUUACUUAAGCGGGACGUGAUGGGGAGUCCCUUUGAGGUUCACCUGGAACUCUAUUGUCACCUGGAACUUAAUGCUAUGCCAGAAUGCUCUCCUGAAGCAACUGCAUCUCUGAGAAGAUGGUACGUCGAUCCUGGGGUCCAAAGAUUGCAAGUCCAAGAAGGGCGUCUUCGGGGAUCUCUCUUCAUUCCUCCAGGUGAAGGUCCAUUCCGAGGAGUCAUUGAUCUGUACGGGGGUUUUGGUGGUCUCAUAGAGUUUCGAAGCAGCCUCCUGGCUAGUCGCGGCUUUGCCACUCUCGCUUUGGCUUAUUUUGCUUAUGAAGAUUUGCCAAAAUCCUUCGACUUCCUGGAUCUAAAAUAUUUUGAAGAAGCUGCUCAAUUUCUCAGCAAUCAUCCGAAAGUAUAUGGAAGUGGAGUUGGCGUAAUAGGCGUGAGCAAAGGAGCGGAGAUGGCUCUAGCCAUGGCGUCCUACUUGCCUCAGAUUGCCGCAGCGGUCUGCAUCAAUGGUCCCGUGACGAUCACCGGCAGCACCGUCAGUUAUGGCGAUCUCAUCCUGCCUGAAAUUCCAUACCAAAGAGAGAGGAUGAUGUUCACACAAUCUGGAGGUUCUAUAAUGUUUCGCUUAUAUGUGGACCUAACAGAUCCAGAACACCAGGCCUGCAUGCUUCCAGUGGAAAAGGCCAAAGGUCCCAUCCUCUUCCUCGUGGGGGAAAAUGACCAGAGCUGUGACAGCUUAAGCUAUGCUAGGGCAUCAUCGGCCAGAGCAAAGGAGUAUGGCAAGAUGGACGUAUACAUAGAGAGUUAUCCCGGAGCCGGGCACCUCCUAGAGCCGCCAUGUUCUCCUUUCUGCCCCUUAUCGAGAUCGCCUUCAUCACCAAUUCCGAUGAUAUGGGGAGGGGAGCUUGUGGCGCACUGCCGAGCGCAGGAAAUCAGCUGGCCCAACAUACUGGACUUUCUGCGUAAAAAUAUUCCGUGCUCUAAGAAGAAUAAACUGUAAGAAAUAAC